AUACAAGAAAAAUCAUUACAAACUUAUACUGGAGCCUACGAGGAAGUAAUAUUCAGAUAACUGGUGUAACCAUAUUGGAGGGUAGAGCAAGACAAUAAAGAUGGCGGGAAACGUGAUGACAGUUCUAUCCUUUAUGAUUGGGACAUUGUACUUUCUCGUCUUAUGUCAGGUUCAAAGCAGCAACGCGUACCCAUCGGGAGCUGUUACAUCGGCCUGCGGUGAUAUGACACCGAAUCAUGGAUUCGAUUCUCAGACGUCGGUCAGUCCCUACACCAUCUCCGUGAGUCCUGCAUUCUACCAACCAGGACAGCAGAUGAAUGUCACGAUUUCGACGAACACCGGCUCCCCAGCUUUGAAGGGUAUUCUGUUGCAAGCUCGUCGCACUGGCACCGAUCAAAUCAUCGGUACAUGGUCGUUAGCAGACACGACGGGUUUUCAAACGCUGGCGUGUAACGGUGCUAAUUCGGCUGUAACGCAUACUACUAACGAUUACAAACCGGCUGCUAUUCAAUUGAACUGGACAGCUCCCGAUGUCGACGGAGACGAUAUCUAUGUGACGGCGACAUUUGUACAGGCACAGCCAGUGUUUUGGGUUGCAGAGAGGACAAGCAAUAUACAACCCGACACAACACUCCCGACGAUUACAGGAUGUCCAGGUGACAUCACAGACACUGCCUUACCAGGAGAUAAUACACUCUCUGUUACGUGGGAUGAGCCUCAAGCAAGUGAUGCUUCCGGGAUACAGAGCUUUACUCCUAAUAUUCAAUCGGGAUUCAACUUUCCUACUGGCCAAUCGAUAUUGGUGGUCUACACAGCAGUGGACAACGCCGGUAACAUACAGAGAUGUGGCUUUACGGUCACUGUCAACGCCGCUUCCGUACUUACUACGCCCGCAUCAACCCCUACUGUAGUAACAACACCAGAUACUGCUAGAGAGUCAGCAACACCAACCACACCAACCACUUCUCCAACAACGCCGUCAACAGAACUCACAACGCCAACGACAGAUUCCACAACACCAUCAACAAUGCUGACAACAUCUGCAACCACUGAGUCAUCAACCCCCGAUGACACAAUUACAACUACAACUCCGUGUAACCCUAACCCUUGCCAGAACGGAGGAACGUGUAACCAGAGAUCUGAUACUUCGUACACCUGCACCUGUCCCGCCACUCAUGUUGGGUACAACUGCGAUAUCCCUGCUCCAUGUAAUCCUCGUCCGUGUCAGAACGGAGGUGUUUGCACGGUGACUGGUCUCGAGUCUUAUUCCUGCGCCUGUCCACCACUUUAUACUGGAAUCAAAUGCCAGACCUCGGGUAAGCAUGUUUCAUGAUUCGAAAAAACACGUUUCCUUCUUGUACCAAAAUGAAUAUCACAAAAAUGUCUGCAGCGUAAUGUGUAUUUAGAACGAGGCUGAAUUCCCCCAAAAGGAAGCGGUUUUUAUGGGGCUGCCAGAACAACACACCAAGUUGUUCACUUUCUUUUCCUUCAGCUACAACUCUAUGUAUUCCUAACCCUUGUAGGAACGGGGAUGUUUGCACGGUGACUGGUGUCACUUCUUAUUCCUGCGCCUGUCCACAUCCAUGUACUGGAAACAACUGCCAGACCGUUAUCAAGCACGUAUCAAGAUUUGAAAAACAGUUUUUAAUUAUUGUACCCGGUGGAUAU